ACUCCCUCUACGCGAGAGCAGAAUAACUAAACGAAACCUACGAGCGCAGAAAGUUUAUACAUGUAGCCCAUUAACUCUAAGUUAAAACCAUGACGGUGCGAUAAUUAACUCACGGUUUAGUCCGAAAGCAUGGAGGAAUUCAACACAACUGUCCGUAUAUCAGGUUUCGUGUUGAGUUCACUGAUGUUUCAUCAUUUGAACAGUGAUGCGGAUGUGGAAGGUCUUAUUCUCGGAGAGAGUGUAGGAGAGGAGAACUGCAGGAUCACAGACUCCCAAAUUGAUCACAUUCAGUUUGAACACACUUUAAAUAUUCAGAAACACAUUCCUUGUCAUGAACUGCACAGUUUUUACAGUAAUGUUGGUGAUGUGAGUGAGCAGAAAAUCAGACAAAUUUUAUCUGUUUACAAAGAGGAGAAUGUGAUUGGUUGGUACAGACAGCGAAGAAACACCAGACAGCAAAUGACGUUCAUGGAACAAGUGAUUCAUCGGAAUAUGAGAAAGAUUCUGUCCAAUCAGGAACUGGUUUUCAUGCUGCUCACGCCCACUCAGGGAACAGCAUCAGGCUCCACUCAUCGGCUGGAGUUCUCAGCGUUCAUAUGGCACAGCAGCCAGUAUAUGAACAUCCCCAUCUCUGUGAGCAACCUGGGAAACCUUGAACAACAGGACUACUGGAGAGUGUCUAGCACAUGUCCUUCUUUAGGACAGAGUCAAGCUGUAAAUCAACACAGGGCUAAAUUCUUCUGCUCUGGAGAUGAUUUAAAAGAGGUCAAGAAUGUCAGUGACAUGAACGAUGAAUUAUUAGCAGAAAUGCAGAAAGUGUGUGUAGAAGUGGAGAAGAGUGAAAGAGCAGUUGAGAAACUUCAAGAAGACAUUGCACAACUCAAGGAGGCGAUCGGGAAGCAGAAGAAGCCCUCAGAGGAACAUGAAACCCCAAUAAGUGCCUGUCCAGAAGAACCCAAAGAGAACACACUUCUGUGCUCAGCAUUGAGGACACUCUUCCCAUCUGUUCCCUCAUUACGGACUCAAACCCUCACUGUUCACGGCUUCCCUGUAUUACAACUGUGCUGUAAUACAGACCAUAACAUUGAUAUUUCCACCAAGCUGCCUCAGAUUCUGGAGAAUCAGCACUCCAGGAGGAAGGUCACGGCCCCCAGACUCAGGAAAAAAUGCCUGGUUGCCAGUUUUCCUCAAAGACUCAAAAGGAAGAGGAAAACUCGUGAAGUCAGCGAAUCUGCGUCUGAAAGUGGCUCGGAUACAGAGAUCGAGAUGAACGGACAGAGUGGAAGUAACUCUCCUGUCUUUUAAAUAUACCGAUAGAGCAAUCUAGUCAUGACUGGAAAGCGUUUCACAUUUUAUACCUUUGUUUUGAUAGGCGUGCUCAACUGAGGUUGUGCUCUUUUCUUAAUGUUUUUAUUUACUUUGUUGGUAAAUGUUUAUACAUUUCUUAAGGAUUAAAAAGUGAA